UCAGUGUAGUAAGGCUUCUUUGAGCGUUAUUUGUACUGGUGUACAACUUUUCUAAUAUAUUUCAGAUUGGUUUCUUCUCUCUCUUUGUUAGAGUUGAGAGUUAUUCCCCUGUAUUUGGUUCUCCCGGAGAAAGUUCAGGAUUCUCUUCUCUGUAUUUAGAACUGAGAGAGCUGACUCUUAUCUAAUCAGAGCCUCAGAAGUCGGAGGUUUUAAAGGAUGAACGAACCUGUCCAGAACCAGAACUCAGAAUAGAUAAUCAGGAUGAGUUCCAAGGUUGGGAGGAUAACUUGUUUUUUAUGUGGUGGAACUCACAUUUAUCCGGGUCCAAGGUUUGAAGCACAUCUUAUAAAUGAGCAUGGAGCUUUGUUCGACAUUGAGUUCUUGAUCAAGGUUUCUUUAUAUAAGAGCCAGCACUCGUCCCUCCCAGAGCUUCAGAUAGAUCCUCAACCAAAGGAAAAUGGGAUAGUUACUCAAAUUCCUCGGAUUGAUUCUGAGACUCAAACAGACCAAGAACCAAAUGCAGAAGCUGAAUCAGAACCUAGAACCUGGAUUCCAGGAAUACAGAUCCACGAGGACGCUGCAACUAUUCUCUUGGGUCGCACAAUCAAGGAUGAACCUGAUUUCGGAGAUCUCAACGGUGAGGAGAAGGAAGGACAAGAAGAGGAAGAUGGAGAAUCAAACCUGACCCAAACUCUGAAUAAGAUUCAGCAACAGUUUCUGGAAGAGCUCGAGGAAGAGCCAAAGAUACAAGUUUGGAGUUGUGAAAUUUGCUCCGCUAUCUUCAAGAAGAUAUCACUGAUCAGGCAGCAUAUGAGUAUAGCUCAUGAACUUCAGCCCGCUGAAUUUGGAAAACUGAAAAGUGAAGAAAUGACUGAAGAAGAAUUUGAUAGAAGAGUGAUGGUAAGUCAAAAAUACGCUCUCGGUAAAGUUCCUAAGCACGAAAUUUAA